AGUAGCUCUCCCCGUACAUGCAAGCUUGUCUGCUUCUGCUUCAUGCAUGUAGCACAAGCGGACACUUGCUUGGCAGCCAGCCACAGUGCUCACUAAGCAAGUUUCGAAUCGAAUCGAACCAAUAAAAGACAAGUCUCGUCGUCCUCCAAUGACUCACAAAAUCAAGUUUCAACCAACAAAAAGAGCUCAGAAGGAGCCACAAGCCAAAUAUUUCAUUUCUUUUCUGUCUAACCACCAGGAAAACGUAAAUCUGACCUACAAAAACUAUUACAAUGAAGCUUAUCUCUACUGUGUCUUUCCUAGCAGCUGCCUCGUACCUCAAUUGUGCGAUGGCAGAAGCCAAUGACGGCAACAUUGCCUUCCAGAUUACAAAUCAUAAUGAAAACCUGUGUCUCACACCAGUUGGCCUAUGGCAUUCAUCGGGCGUUGAUGUCAAACCUUGUGAUGACGACAACGCCUACCAAUUCUUCACUUACAACUCAACAACUCAAGAGCUCCGAUCUGCCAAGGAUGAUGCCUGGUGCUUCAUCUAUCAUGAUAAACAUAAUUCAUGGGCAUAUUUCAAGGCUAGGAAAUGCAACGAAAAUGUGAAACCAUAUUUCAGAGACUUCAGUGUCAACUUGACCCAACAUUACAUUCAGCUCCACCAUGACCAGUGCCUUGCUUCCAAUGAAAAGGGGGCUGGGGUCACUAGACAUUGCAGUGUUCAAAGCUCUAUGAGUGCUAUGGAUGACUUUGAUGUUAUCAAAAUCAGAGACGCUGGCAAGGUGACCACUCCAAUCAAAGUGACUUCCAACAAACCCCAGGCACCAGCCAAGCCAGAGCCAAAGCAGCCCGAAAAAUUCCAAAAAGAUGUGGCAGUCAAAUCAAAUCCUGGUGGCCGGGGUGAUCCCCAUUUCACUCGCUUUGGAGGCCAACACUUUGAUUUCCAUGGAGGUUGUACCCUGGUGCUUCUGGAUGCCCCUGGAUACUCAAAGGGAGAAGGCCUAACCGUUCACAUUCGCACUGCAAUCAAGACCUGGUGGAGCUACAUCGAGGCAACCUCUGUACUCAUUGGCAAGGACAUUCUUGAGGUUUCAGGUAGCAAAGAUGGAGGGCGCUAUUGGAUCAAUGGCAUGGCUGGGAAACAGAUUGAGAGUGGCCAGUCAUUUACGUUUGCGGGACAUCCUGUCACCUUCCGCAAAGUCAGCGCCACCAAGCAGCGUUUUCGCUUGGAUCUUGGGAAUGGCGAUUCCCUUUCUUUGACCACCUUUGGAGACUGGAUGGCUGUUGAUGUUGGUAACAAACGUGGCAAGGCUUUUGAAGGUGCUGUGGGUUUGUUGGGGAGCUUUCCAGAUGGACAAAUGCUUGCCCGAGAUGGGCUUACUGAGAUGAAGGACAACAACAAGUUUGGAAUGGAGUGGCAGGUCCAAAUCAGUGAGCCGAUGCUUUUCAACGGCUUGGGAGAUGGAGUGCACCACCCCCAGCAGUGUGAUAUGCCCAGCAAAAGCACAAAGAAGCGCCGCUUGGGAGAGGUUGUCAUCACCAAGGAACUGGCUGAGAAAGCUUGCGCUGGUGCAACAGUGGAGGAUCAAACGGCUUGUGUCUUUGAUGUUGUCGCUGCCAAUGACUUGAAAUAUGCUGAGAUGUAUCUGAACUAGAUAGAGCCAAUAACAUGAUAGUUUCCAUGCACAUUGCAUUUAUGCCUGUGCCUGUCUACAUGUAUGUAUACUCAGUAGGCCUUCAAGCAUGGUUGGCCAGAUGCAG